AUGUUGUCGGACAGCAAAACGCAGGAAGCCGCCCUGAAGCUGAUGCUGAUGCUGACCGAUGCCGGGGUCUCCCAGCCUGGCUCAGACAUCGGCACCGAGAUGAUCGCUGGCGGAGCAGUGCCAAGCCUACGGGAGUUAUUGUCAAGCUCAAACUCAGCGCUCCAGGAGAUGUCUGCAGCUGUCCUUGGCAACCUGUGUCACGAGAGCCCCGAAAAUCAAGACAAACUUGCGGAGGCGGGCAUUUUCGGGAAGCUGGUGGACUUGCUCUCCAGUGGCGCCACACCGGCGCAGGAAGCGGCCUACGCCAUCUGGAACCUCACAGUUGGCCACGAGAAGAACAGCGAUGCAAUCGCCCGCAUGGGUGCAGUGCCAAAGCUUGCAGAGCUCCUGAAGAACACUUCCGACAUCGCACAAGAAAAUGCGGCAGGUGCCUUGAUGCACAUCACGAUGUCAACAGAAGCUCGCGCUGCGAUUAGCAAAUGCAAUGCCAUCCCAAAGCUGUGCGAGCUUCUUCAGCCCAGCUAUGAGCCGGAGGUAAGUACUCAAGCUGCUGGUGCCCUGCUGAACCUCGCAAGCGAUUGUACUGAGUAUGCCAAGGAGAUUGUGUCAAACGACGCGAUUGGCCCGUUGAUCAACUUGGUCAAGGAUGGUCCAGACCUGGCGCGGGAGUAUGCCGCAGGGGCGCUGAUGAACCUCAUGCGUGGGGAGAUGGAGGUGGCCACUGCGGCCGCGAAGCUCAGCGCCAUCCCUGUCCUUGCCGGUUUGUUGUCCCGAUCUUCGGGCCACUCGGAGGCCCUGGGAGCUUUGGCGAACUUGGCGAGUGGGAGCGCAGAUCGCCAAAUCCAGAUCUACAAGGCACAGGUGACCCGCAAAACGGUCUCACUACUCAGUGAUCCUGACAUUGACGUACGGCGAAGUGCCGCCGCCCUUCUCAUGAACCUGGCCCCACAUGGCAAGAUCAAGGAGCGAAUCGUGGAAGCUGGCGCGCUGAAGCCGCUGGCGAAGGCUUUAAAAGACGACGAUGAAAUCUUGAAGGAACGGGCUGCCGGUGCGCUGGCGAAUCUCUUCAACGACCACAGCGCAAACGUGCAUCAGGGCUUCCAGCAGGCGAGUGAGAUGAUCCCGUCCCUCGUGGCAUUGAUCCAAGAAGCUGGUCUCUCCGAAGACGCCAAGCGUCAGGCUGCUCAUGCGCUUGCGAUGCUGGCUGCGGAGGAUGGACCAUGUGAUGCAGUCUGGCAAGCAAAAGCUGGUCCUCCACUUAUUGCACUUCUUAAGGACAUGAUUGGAGAGGCUGCCUUGGGCAUCAUGAACUUGUCCUGGAGAUGGCCGGAAGUGAAGGCGGAGUUGGCAAAAGCUGGAACCCUGGAGUACCUGAUGGACAUGCUGAGGCUUGGAGACGCGAUGGCCAAAGAGUACGCAGCGGGUGCUUUGAUGAACAUGACAGCAGGUUCACCUGACAGCGCUGAGAAGGUGACGCCGGCGGUCAAGGAUUUAGCAGAACUUUUGAAGGCCGAUGCCAUUCAAGCAGCGGAGUGGGCCGCAGGUGCUCUGGCAAACAUAAUCAGAUCAGGGCCUGCAGCGCAGGAAACGGCAGUUGCACAGGGAGCAGCAACUUCUUUGGCAGCCUUGCUGCCCAAGGUCACUGCCAACGGCAUGUCACUUGUCGUCCUGGCCUUGACAUCGCUUGCAGAGACGCAAGCUGCUGCAGUGACACGAGCACUGGGAGCGAAGGAGAAAGCAAAACUCCGUGACUUCAGGGAUAGCAGCAAUCCAGACUUGCAAGACUACACGAAGGCACUCGUGGACAAGCUUGGCCCAGGCUUUUCUAUCUGA